AUGAUUGGAGAACGAGGAUUAGCUGGAGCCCCUGGACCACAAGGAAUGAUGGGACCUAUUGGACCACCAGGACAAAUAGGUCUUCCUGGUCCUCGAGGACCAGAGGGAACCCCCGGUCUACCAGGACAAAAAGGUGAAACCGGAAAGGACGGUCUUCCCGGUUUACCUGGUUGGCUCGUGAACGAUAAGGGAUACUGUAUUUUGGCCUUGGGAAAUUGCCCGCCGUCUUUCACCCAAAUAGGAGCAUAUCAGGCUCAUGUCGAUAAUUAUCGAUUUGGCGACUAUUCGUUGGUCAAAUCGGCCGGCGUAGGUGGUAACGAGGAGCAGUUUGCAUUGAAAAGUUCAUGCAUGCUGUCGAUAAAUAUUUUUGUUUCUAAACUUUAUUCAAAAGCUGAUGGUGACUUCUUUUUUUAG